GUUUACCCGGUACUCAGUGACUGUGGAUUUAUCGUAGCAGUCAUUUCUGCCUGCGAGUUUAACUGCAGGGUUAAUUUGAAAUACAUAAUCAUAAUCGCGGAAAGUCAACGCUAUUUAUCAGAUGGAUCCGAACUACAAAUACAAUAUUGGAGGAACGUCGAUAUGAAGUACAAUGUUGCGCUUUAUAAUUUCCACGUCGUAGUAUAAUGAAAGUACGUAAGUAGUAUGAAGAAACGGCGGAUUAUGAAGUGAUUUUUUUUUUUUAACAUGGCAACCGUGACGAGGAUCCACGCGUGGUCAUCCCUCCUGUACCGAGCCUGCGCGCACCUCAGACGGGCACCAACCUCGCUGGCCCCGGCGCGGACGAGCUGCAUUCCCCGGUACGGAGACGCCCGCAUGCCGCUGUGCAGCCGAGCGUUUGGACUCUCUGGCUGCACCCUGAGGCGCUCUGACGACUUCACCGAGGACACAGGUGGCCAAAGUUUCACACCCUACGAAGACGACGGAGACGAUGCGACGGAGGAGCAGGAGGCGGACGAGCUGUUCCGGGAAAUGCAGCCCCCCGCGGCUGACGCGGGGGGCCAACAACGGGUCUUUGUGGUGCACCCGGACGUCAAGUGGGGAAGCAGGAAGCAGCACCUGACGACAGCCGAGCUGAUGAUGGCCGAGGCCGUGGCUCUGGUCAAGACGCUGGACAAGUGGUCGGUGGUGGACCAGCUCAUCCUGUCCACCAAGACCCCGGAGAAAAAAAAGAUCUUCGGCAAAGGGAACUUCCAGAUGCUCACAGAGAAGAUCCGACGGACGGCGGGCGUCACCGCCGUUUUUGUCAACGUGGAGCGUCUCUCGCCGGUGUCCGAGAGGGAGCUAGAGGACGCGUGGGGCGUGAAGGUGCUGGACCGCUACUCGCUGGUGCUGCACAUCUUCCGCAGUAACGCCAAGACCAAAGAGGCCAAGCUGCAGAUCUCGCUGGCCGAAAUCCCGCUGCUGAGGUCGCGUCUGAAGAACGAAUUCCUCAACUUGGACCAGCAGGGCGGAGGCGCCCGCUACAUCGGAGGCUCGGGCGAGACGCAGCUGGAGGUGCAGCAGAGGCUGCUGAGGGAGCGCGAGACGAAGAUCCGCUCGGCGCUGGAAAAGCUGAGCCGGAAGCGGCGACUGCUUCGCUCCCGCCGGAAGGACAAGGAGUUCCCGCUGGUCUCCGUGCUGGGAUACACCAACUGCGGUCAGCGCCGACCCGCGUUUUUUGUUUUGUUCAUUUUGAUCCGACGCGCAUUUGGCAACGCGUCUGCAGGUAAAACGACGCUGAUCAAAGCGCUGACGGGCGACGCCGGGCUGCAGCCGCGAGACGGGCUUUUCGCCACGCUGGACGUGACCGUGCACGCCGGCCAGCUGCCCGGCCGGGUGACGGUCCUCUACGCGGACACCAUCGGUUUCCUGUCGCAGCUGCCGCAUCGGCUCAUCGACUCGUUUGCCGCCACGCUGGAGGACAUCAAGCACUCGGACGUUCUGCUUCACGUGCGCGACGUCAGCCACCCGGAGAACGUCAACCAGAAGGCCAACGUGCUGAGCGUCCUGACGAACCUUCGAGUGCCCGACGCGCUCUUGGGCUCCAUGAUCGAAGUCCACAACAAGAUCGACCUCGUUGACAACUACGAGCCGACGGAAGCCGACGCCGUGGCCGUCUCGGCCCUGCAGGGGCGUGGCCUGGAGGCGCUGGCGGCGGAGGUGGAGCGGCGCGUCGUGGCCGCCACGGGCAAACGCGUCCUCAGCCUGAAGGUGGACCUCGGCACGCCGCAGCUCAGUUGGCUGUACAGGGAGGCCGCCGUGCAGGACGUCAGCGUGGACGCCGACGAGGGCUCGGCCGUCGUCAAGGUCGUCAUCGGCAACGCCGCCUACGGACGCUACAGGAAGCAAUUUGGCGAGUGAUUCUAUGAAAAAAA